GGAUGCGCUUGCGGAGGCGGCGGCGCAGAAAAGGGUUACAAAGGCGGCUACGAGGGCAAAGUAUGGGUUUUAGGGUGGUGGGUAGGAUGGGGAUGGGAUGUGGGAUGUUUUGCAAGUCUUUUAGGGGGAGCCCUUUGUCAUAUACGCUUUUGUUUUUGUGGGAUGUACAGUAACACUUGGGAUGGAAUGUACAGCUGUACGAAUGGCAGAUGAGUCCAUGGGGUCCGUUUCCCUGUCUUGUUCCGUUCGCCGCCCCCCUACCCGUGAAUCUGUUAGUAGAUUCUUUACACUUUUUCUUUCCCACUAACGACACAUCGCAACAGCCGGCAGCAGCACACUUACUCCCCCUAGCACGACAUCCCAAGCCCAGAUGUCCCUUCUCUCUCCCGUCCAGCUCCACCUACGACGUCGUUUGCUCACCCCACGAAUUCGGACCAACCUUCUCACAUCACCCCCACCCUCGCUCCCUCUAACGUCAUCACACGCUGAUACUCCAAGUGAGCGU